GCGCCAUUGACUAGCCUUCUAUCACAAAUUCACAUUUCAUCUCUUCCAUCCAUUUCCAAUCUACUUAGUUCCUAAGACAUCAUGUCCACCCGUAAGAGAAAGCAAGAAGCCGAAGAAGAGGAAGAGCUCCAGGCGCUCCCUAGCGAUGAGAGCGAGGAGGAAGAAGAGCCCCCCUGCUCCCAAGAAACGCAAGACAGCAGCCGCUCCAGCUGAAGACGAAGAAGGUGAGGAAGAAGUAAAAGCAAACGGCAAAGAGGCCGGUGAAAACGGAGUCGGAGAGGACGACGAAGAAGAAGAGGAAGAAGAUGAAGGUGAAGAAGAAGCGCCCGAGGAGACAGCCAAAACCAGUGGCCCUGCUUCCUCUGCAGCCAAGACCAAGGGUGACACUGUUCCGAAGGAACCUGAAGUCGACACUGGAGUCGAAGAGGAGAACGAGUGAAUGUCCCUUGGUUUGGGGAGCUGUAAUCUUUACGUCAAAUAAUUUGGUUCCGGCUGUAAUUGGACUUGGGUACGGUGUUGGCUAGCUUAUAUCUAUUCAAUGAAAUUGG